AUGGAUCUCAAAGCCGACCGUUCACUCAAAGGCAAGGUUGCCAUAGUCACUGGGGCUGGCUGUGCUGGCGAGGGCUUUGGAAACGGCCGUGCCACAGCUUACUUGCUUGCAGAGGAUGGCGCCACCGUCAUCUGUGUCGAUCGGCAGCUGGAUUGGGCACAGAAAACGGUCGAGUAUAUUGAGACCUAUGCCAAGGGGACUGCAAUUGCAUGCGCUGGCGAUGUGACGUCGGAAGAAGAUGCAAACCGAAUCAUUCAGACAGCGAUCGAUACGUUCGGUCGCCUGGAUAUCCUCGUCAACAACGUCGGGGUCGGGGGCUGCCAAGGAUCUGCGGUAACGCUCGAUGUCAAGGCCUGGGAACGAGAUAUGACGAUCAACGUCUCCAGCAUGGUCAUCAUGUCCAAGUACGCCAUCCCCGCUAUGCUGAAGAACGAGCAUAGGCUCAAGGGAAGCAUCGUGAACAUAUCUUCGGUCGCAGCCCUGAACGGGGGGAUGAAGAACCUCUUGUAUCCGACUUCCAAGGGCGCAAUCACGGCCAUGACAAAGAACAUGGCUUACCAGCACGGAAAGCAAGGCAUUCGAGUCAAUUGCGUUUGUCCUGGCUCGGUCUGGACGCCUUUGCUGUAUGAGCAUCCCGUCCUGUCCGGAGACACAGACCUCAGCGAUAAGGUACGGAAGACGCGUGCAGAAGGGAACAUGCUCGGAACUGAAGGAUAUGGCUGGGACAGCGGCUAUGCAGUGCGCUGGUUGUCAAGCCCGGAGGCAAGAUGGGUGACAGGAGUGGUUCUUCCUGUUGAUGCUGGUCUCUCUGCAACCAUCCAACUGGAAGUGCCAGAGACGAAGGAUUGA